UUGCACUGCAAAUAUGGAAGUGGCUGAUGAAAAUCUUAGAUUAUUUUGUCAGGAAGGAACACCGAAGACUCUUGCCGUGCUCAACCCAUACCGUAUAACUGAUGCCUCCAUCUUGCAGGACACCGAUUUGGCUGGGCCACUUGUCUUCUGCCUUGCAUUCGGGGCCUUUCUUCUUUUGUCUGGAAAGGUCCACUUCAGCUAUAUCUAUGGCAUUGGAGUAUUAGGCUGUCUGGCUGUAUACUUUCUGCUGAGUCUUAUGGCGAUGAACAGCGUCACGUUGGGAUCCGUAAUCUCCGUUCUCGGCUACUGUCUGCUGCCAAUGGUCAUCCUGUCUGGCAUCAACGUCAUAAUGUCUCUCCAGGGCAUUGAGGGGCUAGUGUUAACUGGCAUAGCCGUCGCGUGGUGCAGCCUGUCAGCUUCGAAACUCUUCGCCACAGCCCUCUACAUGACUCAUCAGCAGAUGCUGGUGGCCUACCCCUGCGCCUUGUUGUAUGGAGUCUUCGCUCUGAUUACUAUAUUCUAGACACUCCAUGGUAUUACUAAUAAUAAUUUGUAAGCUUCUUAACUUAUCUUACUUUCUUGUCUUAUUGGAAUUCUGUGGUAGUUUAAUUUUUUUUUUCUUUCGAAAGUUAUUGUGUACAGUUCUGAAGUUUGCGAGAUGAUGAUAUUAAUCCCUACCAUUUAACCUUCUUGGCGUAAGUUAGUCUAUAAAGGGCUUAUGUUCCACUGUCAUGUGUCUUCGGGCAGAUUCUUCACGCAAAUAUCACACCGCUGAACAAACGAAUACGUACACAGAGGAGUAGUUUACUAAACCUUCUUUGUAAGCAUUCGAUAAUCUAGAACUUAGUGAAAUAUUUGUAGUAAGUGUUUCUAAUACUCAGUUCUGGUGUAAUUUAACUAAUGAAGAUGCAUAUAUUUUAUAGUCUAAAUUUUCUUGAAGAAAAUUCUCAAAGUUUGAUUGAAUUUAAAUUUUUUAAGGGCCCACAUAUGCCUCAAAGAUUAAAUUACGCGCAUUAAAACAUCGCUUCAGAACUUCGGUUAGGGAUAUUAUGAACUGGCUUUGGUGACUAGGGUAAUAAAUAUUAUAAUAGUAUGAUGUAAUACUUAUUAUGAGCUCCAUUAGGAACAUAUGUAUUAUUAAAAUGAAGUUUGUUUGACUGUCAAUAAAGAUAUAGCAGGCGA